UAUAUAUAUGCCCAUUUUUGUUAAACCUGUCGAUUAUAUCUGAAGCUAUUGUAGUAUCAAUUCUUCUAAUUGUAUCCAUCCCUAUUGUAUGACCUGCUGCAUGAAAUAAAUCAACAAGCUUUUCUGACCUAGUUGCCUGGUGUAAUGUAAGCCCUAGACCAAUAUGCCUUGGGGUCAACACUCUCUUUCUAGAGGCUAAGUAAAAUAUAUCCUGAGCAAUGCUAGUGAUAUGGUCAUCUAAUUUAGAUGAUCUUUCUUCUAAUAUAUCUGUUCCCCCGAAAAGAACUGAAAGAAAAGUAUAUAAGCUUUGGGGAAUAACUUUAGCAACAUGUUCCUUAUCUAGCUCACACCAUGCAGCACUAUGACCUGGUGUAUUUUCCAAAUCAUUCCUGAUGAUCAUAGCUGUAUGGACUAAUUCUAGCAGGGCAUUGUCUUGGAAGGGAACAAGGUGAUCAUUACCAAGAUUGUCUUCAUUACCAAGAUUGUCUUCAUCAUCAUUACUCACAUAUUCUAGGUGUUGUGCUACAGCAAAAUCAGUCUUAUUGUUGGGGGUAAACAAGGAGGUGAGCCUUAGGAUCUAUGGGUCUAAUAAAACCAGCCUUUUCACCAAUUAAAUUUUGGAUGUCAUUAUAAAAUGAUUGCCUCCUUGUUAUGUAUUUCUGGGGGAUUUGCAUGUUUAGAUUAGAACACAAUUUCUUAUAGUGAACCCAGAUAUUUCCCAUAUCAUACACAUGACCAGAGUUUAACCCUGUUAGAAUAGCAGAACAAAGUAUAUCAAGGGAUUGGUCACUAUUCCUAGGAUCCACGGUUUUCAAAAUAGAUAUAGUAAUUGUUCUCUGGAAUUUAACCCAGCACUGUACAUGAUAUUCCCCUCUGCAGCCACUAGGUCACAUACAUUUGCUAGUCUCACACGCAUAACAACAUCUUGUUUUGCCAUUCAUAAAAUUUUAUCUGACAGUGUCAUCGUCAUAACAUUUCUGAGGUUUUUGCCUUCACUUGUUUGACAAAACAUACAUAUUUCCCAUUUUAUGUUAUGCUCAUGUCUGCUGCGUGUGGAGGCCUUAUGUGCAACAGUAUUACUAGUUGAAGCUUCAUGGACUGUUUUUAUGCCCUCUUGUUUCUUCUCAAGCCUAUUUAGCAUGCCUAUAUGGGUGAACUUGCUAUAACAAGAACGAUGCCAUUUUAAAUCAUCUAAAUUUAUAUUUUCACCGGUUCCAAUGGUAGCAAGUAUCCUUUCAAUAACACCAAGGGAACUUGUAUCAUUCAGAGAUUUUCUUUUUAGGGCAACCUCAACAACCUUGCUUUUCCCUUCCUCUGUUGCACUACUCAAGCCACUGCCUGCUGCAGUCUCACUGCCCUCGCAAAAGAAACACUUGGAAAUCUCUGAAUCUCUCUUAACCUUUUUAAGGACAGUUAUUGGAUCUAUUUUCGGAUAAAAAGGUCGUUUUGAGCUAGACUCAUAACUCAUUUUUGCUGCAUAAAAAAAUAUAUCCGAAGGAAAACUUCUAUUGGCGACCUGAUUAGAAGAUUGCUUAAUGUUGUUGGAAAGAACACAUAAACUACUUGGAGCGACAACUGUAAAUGUUAUCAAAGUGAAAGCGGAAAGAUUCAUAAGCAAAUAGUACCAUAAAAAACUAUGAAUAUUGAAGUGAUUUUUAAUGAACUACAUUAUUAAAAUAAGUAGAAAAAAC